CGGUGGUAAUAAAGGUGUUGAAGCCGUACUUAAUUUAUUACAACGUGACUUAAUGUUUGAUAUGGCUAGUUGUAGUCUAACAAAAAAUUGA